AUGGCACUUAGCUCUAUAACUUCUUUUCUGCGAAGCGAUACAUCCGGCACAUACUCGCCCCUCCCAACGUCUAGUCGUAGUGACUCAGAAAAACAAUCACCUUCUGAGUUCACCACUGCCUAUUCAAAACCCUCAAAAUGGCAUCAGAGAAUCGACCCUCGCACAAUUUCGGAUUUGACAUUAGGUCUGAGCGAUGGCUUGACCGUUCCAUUUGCUCUCACCGCCGGACUAGCUGCACUGGGAGAUACAAAAAUUGUGGUAUUUGCGGGAUUGGCUGAGUUGAUGGCUGGGAGUAUAAGUAUGGGAAUCGGUGGUUUUAUUGUACUGAUGUGCAACAGACAAUCAGCAGCUACGACAAAAGCAAGUACCAUCGCAAUGGUCUAUACAUCACCAGCAGAAGCCAGAGCAGCGGUGAUAUCAACAUUAGAAUGCUAUGUUUCUGCCUCUCUGCUCGACGCAGUAGCCACCGACAUCACUUCGGCUCACGACAAGACUAUCAACUUUCUACUUGAACACCACCACCGCUUCGAAUCCGCGGAUGUAUCACCUCGUCUGUACACCAGUGCUUUAUGCAUUGCUUUUGGCUAUUUCUUUGGAGGGUUGAUUCCGCUGUUGCCGUAUGUGUUUAUUGAGGAUGGGGGUGUUGCUUUGGUGUGUUCGGUGGUGGUCAUGGUUUUCACACUUUUCGGGUUCGGAGUGGGAAAGACUGCUGUUCUAGGAGAGAGAAGGUGGGGGUGUAGAAUUGUGGAGGGAUUGAAGAUGGUUGGAUUGGGUGGAAGUGCUGCUGCGGCUAGUGUGCUUUGUGUGAGACUUGUACAUCAGUAA